AUGGAGGACCAGCACGCCGAAGUACAGACUAGUGUGCGCCCUGUUCCAUCUAUUGAUUUAACGCAGGAUGACUCCAACCCCAACGAAGCCACUCUUGAGAAUAUUGAAAACCAUGAAAGUCAGGCGUCUCCAAGAGCAGCUGUUCAGCGCAGCAUAAGGUUACAAUCUCUGGAUUCCUCGCCGCUUAAGUUCACAGGCCAAAAUUUUACUACACAACCGACAACAGGAAAACAGGGAUUUUUCGUCCCGCUCAACAAAACUGGUAACUCGAACGGAACCCACUCAGAUCCAUUAAAUGUCGACCAUAAAAAGCCAAGUAGGUUUACUAGUGCAAGUCGAGAGGCUAGCCUUCAAAGCCCUGCUUUUGAAAGCGGUGGUGAUAGUGUUAUACCCGAAAAAGGCAGCUUGUCCGGUGCAGGGAACUUACUAAGCGAGCAUAGUUUCAAAAAACGAAAAAUUGAAGAGGAUGAAGGCCGUCCUGAUACAUCUUUACAAAAUAUUCGUGACUUUAUUGAUCCUAGCAAAUCCCGGUACUUUCCUGGCAAAGCUUUGAACGAAGGUGGAUCCCUCGCUUCCCCAGAAAAUACGCCUGGAGAUCAACAUAAUUCUCAAGGCCCGGAGAUCUAUAAUGGUCCGCCAACCUUCAAACAACCAAGCUCCGAUUUUUCCCAUGAUGAGGAUGCCUUUUUUAGCUUCGAUGACAAAAGCAAUGCUGAUCAAAAGCCGGCCACACCUCCGUCUUUAACUCACAAUUCGGAUUUGAAGGAUAAUAAGCCUAUGGAUGGAGCUCUUUCGCCGCCUCUUGGACAAAAUCACGAAAUUAACCAUAAUCAGAACGCGCCCAUUAUAAUUUUAAGUGAUGAAGAAGAAGACGCUAUCUCACACAAAUCCACUGAGCUGGUCUCUACAAAAGCGGAAAGUUCGCGCAAGGUUUCUAAUGAGGAUGUGAAGCACUUUCGCUCUUUACAUGAAAGGAAUAUGAAAGAGCAGGCCGAAACGGAAAAGCAUAUGCUGAGUCUCAGGAAUACAUGUCGCGAUACGAAGGUCAUUUUAAAACGUAAGCUGCAGAAAAGAGAUGCUCUAAUCAAUGAAGUCCAGUCAAAGCUUGAUAUAUUAUCUCGAACUUCUUCGGUGUCAGGAGAAGAAGAUGUUGCACUAUUACAAGAGGAGCUUUCAAGCCUUAAAGAGAGGAGAUCGCAGACAAUGGUCAAGCUGCGAAAAGUUGAAAACAAAGAAAGCCUAAUUGUUGAUCAGCAUGCAAAAUUUGUUGCACGGCUCGAACCAAAGCUUCGUGAAUCCUACACAAACCUGCAAAAUGCGAUAAACAAUUACCGCCAAACUCGCAUGGUCGAGAAGCGAGCAGUUUUAAUGAGCGAAAAGUCUCAACUUGACAGCCUUUUUAGCAACGGAAAUAUUGAUCCGAGUGAGUAUCAACAAAGGCUGCGUUUCCUCAAUAAUGCUUUGAAUGACCUCCAUUCAACCCAAAGCGCCCCUAAUACUGAACCUCAUGUGUCUGACAUAUUUUUCAAAUCUAUAGGCGUUGCAAGAGAUUUGAUACUAAAGAACACGGUGCGCUCAGAUCAAAACAAGAUGUUGAUGAACAAGUACCUUGAUGUUGUUGAAAACUUUAAGAGAUCCUGUGAUAAAGGAGUUAGGUACAAUCUGCACACAAAAAUGCAAGUUGAAAAGGCUAUCACUGAUCUUUUUAGACACGGUGUUAAGAUGCCUGCAGUUUCCAAAAGUCUAAAGAGCAUGGGUUUUAUUGUGAAUCCAGAAGAUUACGACGCUGUGCGCUCUAGUGCUCACCAAAGGUCAAAUGAUGACUUUAUGGAAGUGUCGCAUGGAAAAGGGGAGGAUGAUGAUAUUCUUGAAAUUGUUAGAUCCCAGGAGGAGCAAAGUUUGGCACAUUCCAAUCCGCUUCAUCUAUCCAAUAUCUACAACAUGCACGACAAUGAUAGUCUACACGAUCUUCUCGAGGGCUUGAAGACGGCGGAAACUGAAAUAGAAGGUGAAGAACUAACGCCUCCAGAACUUACCGUUAAUUUGAUGAAGCAUCAACGACAAGGUUUGCAUUGGUUACUCAGUGUCGAGAAAUCACAAAAGAAAGGUGGUCUUUUAGCCGAUGAUAUGGGAUUGGGUAAAACCGUUCAAGCGAUAGCCCUCAUGCUAGCCAACAAAUCAAAUACCGAUAAGUGCAAGACAAACUUGGUUGUCGCUCCUGUUGCUGUGCUAAGAGUUUGGCAGGCUGAAGUGAGAACAAAAGUGAAAAAGACAUGCGGUUUAAAGGUCUUGAUUUAUGGAGGCAGCAAUGGUGCUAAAGUUGAGAAUUAUCGGAGCUUAUUAAGACAUGAUGUUGUGUUGGUUUCUUACCAAACAUUGGCAAGUGAAUUAAAAAAGCAUUGGCCUGCCAAGUUGGAGCAGGAUGCCGAGGGUGGAAACAUCGCUGAUAUACCUGAUAUUAAGGCAAUGAAUUCUCUCAAGGAGAGAAAGGAGUAUUGGUCGCCAUUUUUCUGUGAUGAAUCUGUUUUUUAUAGAAUUAUCCUUGAUGAAGCCCAGAAUAUCAAAAACAAAAAGACGCAAUCUGCAAAAGCAUGUUGUGCAUUAAAUUCAACUUACCGAUGGGCUUUAUCGGGCACCCCCAUGCAAAACAAUAUCAUGGAACUAUAUUCUCUGCUGAGAUUUCUUAAGAUAUCUCCGUAUAACAGAGAACAGAAGUUCAAGCUUGACAUUGGCAAUCCACUAGGAAGGUCCUCCAAUGACUAUGAUAGUCAUGACCGCAAACAGGCUAUCAAGAAAGUCCAGGUCCUUUUGAGAGCUAUUAUGCUACGGAGGACCAAAGACUCAAAAAUUGAUGGGAAGCCUAUUCUUGAACUGCCUGAUAAAAUUAUAAAACCUAUGGAGGAAACAUUGCAAGGCUUGGAGCUGACGUUCUACACGGAACUAGAGGCCAAAAAUCAAAAGAAAGCAGAGAAGCUUAUGAAGAAUCGCAGCAAAGGAAGCUAUUCGAAUAUUUUGACUUUGUUAUUGAGGUUAAGGCAAGCAUGUUGUCAUCCUGAACUCGUUAUUCUUGGUGAGCAUAAAAGUGAAAGCUCCAAGGUUGCAAAUGGUAAAAACUUUCAAAAUGACUGGUUACGUUUGUUUGAGUUAGCACGCAAUAUGCCCGCUGCAGGCAAAGAGACUGUUGCCGAAGGACUUGAAAACAUGAUAUGCCCAUACUGUAUGGAACAAAUGGAGCUCGAGUCAUCUGUGGUCAUUACACCGUGCGGGCACAUGCUUUGCGAAGGGUGUUCGCAACAGUACUUCGAAGAUGCGAGAGGCCAACAGAAUGCUCGAAAAGUUGUGAAUAGCGGGUAUCUCGUCCCUUGUCUUGUUUGCGAAAGGUACGUCAAUGACAGCGAAAUCAUAACCUACAAGCUUUAUGAUCAGGCUGUAAAUCAGAACUUAACCGCCGAAGGCUUGAAAAGAGAGUUCAGAAGCGAAAUGGAGGCUCAGAAAGACCGCCUCAAGAAUGGCUAUAAAAUUAACUUCGAAACGCUCGAGCCGUCCCAGAAAAUCAAGCAAUGCUUGGACAUAGUGCGCAAUGUCUUUGCAAAUUCGAGGGAUGAAAAGAUUAUCAUUUUCUCUCAGUUUACGACAUUUUUUGAUCUCCUUCAGCAUUUCAUUCGUAAGGAACUGGGUGUUCAGUACCUCAGAUAUGACGGAUCCAUGGACGCGCAAUCCAGGGCAGCUACUAUAGAAGGAUUUUACAGGAACAACGAGCGCAGACUGCUCUUGAUUUCAAUGAAAGCGGGAAAUGCGGGGCUCACGCUGACAUGUGCUAACCAUGUCAUUCUAGUCGAUCCUUUUUGGAACCCUUUUGUCGAAGAGCAAGCUAUGGAUCGCUGCUACAGAAUUAGUCAAACAAGAGAAGUGCAGGUUCACAGGCUCUUGAUUAAAGAUUCGGUUGAGGACAGAAUCUUAGAAUUGCAGAAGAAGAAAAGAGAGUUGGUUGAGAGCGCAAUGGACCCCAACAAGAUCCAAGAGGUUAAUCGCCUGGGGCGCCAGGAGCUUGGCUUCCUAUUCGGCCUAAACUCCUUGUAG